AUGGGAGCAAAAGUUAAAAUCACAGUAAAAAGCUGUAGAAACCUGCCCAUCAUGGAUCGGAGCUCGUCGUCCACUGAUGCAUAUGUGAUUGUUAAAUUUGGGCCGGAAUAUCAAUUUAGAACACCUGUUUGCAGAAAAACAUUAAAUCCCACCUGGAAUAUUGAUGCAUUUAGAUUUGAAGUGCCCAAUAAUGAUUAUUUACAAGAAAAUGUUAUACAAUUUAAAGUUAUAGAUUACGAUGUUGUAACGCAAGAUGAUGUGAUCGGAACAGUAGUGGUGGAUACUAAUUUAUUAGCGUUAAAUCAAGUGACUCAAUGCAGUGGAUGGCUCCCAAUUUUUGAUUCAAUAAGAGGUGUUUGUGGCGAGCUGAAUGUAAAUAUUAAGAUUGAUUUUAUUCAAAACAUCAACCCAUAUAGAGAUAGCUCGCCUGAGGUGCAAUUCUUCUCUUGUCCAAGCAUUUAUCCUCUAAUGGAGUAUACUCAAUAUUCUUUGAGAAUAGGAGACCUUGUUGAAGAGCUUCUCAUUGACGACGAUCCUGAAUAUGACUCAUGGAAAGAUCUCAUUAGAAGUAGCAGAACAUCCAAUGAUGAGAGGCAGUUAUUAUUAUAUCAAUUAUCAGGAAGAUUAAAAAGAAGAAUUGGAAAAAAGGUUUUUGAAGCAGGAGACAACAUUGUAAUUGGUUAUGAAGAAUGUUUUGAUUUGGAAGAUGAUAAUAUUAUCGUACGAGGCUUGGGAACCAGAUGUAAAUUGAGCUCAAUCAGAUCAUCCGUUUCUCCUGCACACAAUGCUGAAAAAGCAUUAAUUCCUCCACAAAUUGCAAUAGAGCCUGCAAUAACAUUGUCCAGCAUUACACCUCCAAUGAACAUUAUUCCUCUUCUUGAGUUCCAUGCAUCUCCUACAGGAACAGCCAAUAUAGCCAAUUUAGACUCUCCAACUGGAACUGGAUUUACAACACCACAAAGCGAUGUUAAACUGCUUACCAUCAAAUCACUGGACUCUCAGCAUAUCAUUUAUUUAGCAGGAAUUGUUCAAGCAAGAUCUGUAAAAUUAGUGACAACCGAGACAAUGAAGUUAAGUGACAUGCAAAAGGAAAGAGACAAUUGGUGGAAUGAAUUGCGUACAGAAAUUAGAGAGAAUGCAAAAUCACUUGGAUGUACUCACGUCAUUGGAUAUUCAGAGAGUUAUGAAAUAUUCAUUCGUGGAUCUGUUUGUAUUUUAUGUGCACAAGGUACAGCCGCUAUUCUUAACCCGCAAUAUGAUAUAUGCAACAUUCGUAACUUGUCUGAUGAUCUGCACGAAGAAAAUAUUAUCUCUGAAAAGUUGUCUGAAGAAAAGUAUUGUUCCAUUUUCCAUCUCCCAAGAAAUAGUCCUUUCUAUAGAGCUGGUGCAUCGAAGUGUCCACUUCAUGCGGAUGGUUAUGUUCCAAACAUAUUCCUCUCCACGUGUGAGAUGCCAUCAAUAGUUGAACAAAGAGUGCUCAAUCAGCCCAAGCACUAUAUAGAGGCACGUAUCUGUAGAUCUAAGAAGAAAGAAUUCGGUGAGAGCAAUGCAACGGUCGUGAGCAAUAUUCUUCCUUUUGCAGUUCAUGACUUACACAAACAAUUUAUGAACAAGAUGAAGCUUUGCCAUUGUAAUUCAGCAUUUUGUGUAACAUAUGGACUCACAAUUAAUGACAACUUUAUUGUGCUAACUUGUAAGGGAACUGGAGUGUAUCUAGACGCUCUUCCUAGAAACGCCAAGAUGGACUUUAUUUUGCCUGAUGAAAAAGAUAAUACGGAACAGCUGAAAUUACUUAAAGAAUAUAGUGAUUAUUACUCUGCUGAACUGGAUACGUCGAUCAUUGAGGAGCCUCAUUUAUCAAGAGAUAUACUAGAAGAAGAAAGACCUGUAGACUCUCCAAGAUUGAAAGACAUGUUAGACAAUAGCUCGUAUACUUCCUCAGAUAAUGAAGACAUUAUUGGAGAAAUGGGAAGUGCAGGAUUUGCGCUUGAAUUAGAGGAUGAACAAGACGAGGAUUUCAUAAAUUCCAUUCUCGAACCACUGUUACCAAAUGGAAUUCAUUUCACAACUCUCAAACACCAAUCAGAUAUUGCCUCUAAACACAUGUCUCAUUUGCAAUUUAUUUUCUUAGAAAAAUCAUUUCCGCUCUCAAAAACAACACAUAAUGUGAAACAACAACAACAGUACAUUGCAUCAUUAUUCAGAGAAUUAUACAUUACACUUUCCUUCAAAUUAUUGCUAUUUGCAAGUCAAGAACUCAAUCAAAGCGUUUAUGUGAUGGGAAUUUCUGAAAAGUUUAGAUUUAACAAUGCCAAUGAUUUUACCAUCACUUUACAAGCAAUGCCAGUGCUUGUUUCAUCGAAGCCAAACACAUCCAGUCAGCUAGAUCAAUUGAAAUCCAACUUACCAAAAUUAUUCCCUCCAUUUCCAUAUCCUCAUGAUAUAAGUGGAUCAAGUGAUCGGAUUGUGAAUAGUCCAAGAAGAGCUAAUCAACAAUCUCCUCUCAACAAAAAUCUUGCAAUUCAUGCAGAAGACAUGUUGUUUAACAUGGAUAUGGAUCACAAAGAAGAUGCAACCUCCUCUUCAGAGGAAUUGAAGAAUAUUAGAGAUAUUGUCAUUGCUCAAGAGAAUGAUAUUGACAGAGAAUGGCUUGAAGAAAGUUAUGUUGUCACCUCACCCAUGUAUUUCAUUCCUGGAGCAAAGAUUGAAAAGUUAGUGGGUAAAGUGAAUCACCAUCUUGUCAGAGAGUCUAACAAUGUGAUGGACUUUGCUUCUUUCCAACAAGAGUGCAUUAUGGAAGCAACGUCUAUCGUAAGAGCCCAUACAAGAGCAAUCAACUGCAAUGCUCUACUCAAUUAUUGUGUCAAAUUCCAUGCAGUACUCGAUAAUCCAUCUAAAAAACAAGCUUAUAUCAUGUUGACAGUGUCAGGAGAUGCUUGUAAGGUGACAUAUUCUCCUCGAUCAUCGACAGGCAUUCAUAGAUUGAUAGAACUUUCAUGCUCAAAAUGA